GCAAUAACAAACGUCAAAUUGAAAUUGACAUGUAAAAGGGAACCAAGUGUCACGCAAUAGUGCAACGCUUUCUCUCAAUAAUAUUGUAUUAAAUUCCUAAUUUACUCAAUGGUGUUGUUAUAAUAUAACAAAUAUAGCUAUCGACGGACUCUCUACUGACUACUACAAGAAGACUGGCAUCAGCCCUGACCUCGAAAUAGUUGAGCUCGCGUCAUGUUGCCGAAGAGUCAGGUGACUGACAUGGACCUCCCCGAUUUUACGGACGUGUUGGAAGAAAGCGAACGGGUACUUAAAGAAUGCUUCACACAAUACCAAAUAGACGAGGUUUUCCUCUCAUUCAACGGCGGCAAAGACUGCACAGUGCUCUUAGACAUAACUUUAAACGUUUUACGAGAAAUUUACAAACGUGAUGACAUUGCUAAAGACCUUAAAGUAGUGUAUAUUCGGACUAAUGGACCGUUCAGUGAAAUUGAGUCUUUUGUGGAACAAAUUAAGGAUCAUUAUGGUGUGACGCUGAUGGUGACGGAGGGAGAAUUGAAGACCACGUUGCAACGGUUGCUGGAUCAGGAUGAGAGGCUGAAAGCGGGUCUUAUGGGCACGAGGAGAACGGAUCCUUAUAGCGAGAACUUAUCGUUUAUGCAGAAAACAGACCCAAGUUGGCCACAGAUAGUGCGAGUAUCCCCCCUUCUCAACUGGAGUUACCAUCAAAUCUGGAGUUAUACGUUACACAGAAGAGUGCCGUAUUGCAGUCUAUAUGAUAAAGGAUACACAUCAAUAGGCAGUAUACAAAACACACGACCGAACCCAGCACUAGCUAAGAAAAACAGUUUCGGUUGCAUCUCUUACUUGCAAGCGUGGCACCUAUCCGAUGCCACUCUAGAACGCGCUGGAAGAGGUUCUACGCCCAAAGUCGCUGUCAAUGGCCACGGGAAUUACAAUACUAUAAACAAUCACAUAGGAAAUGGUAUCGAUAACAAUCAUUUGAACAACAGCGACCAUGUACAUCCGUCGUGUGUUUAAAAAUGGAAUGGGUAAACGGCUAAUGAUUGUUUUAGAAUUGUUUGUGAAAGAAUUUGAAGUGAAAUCUUUUUUGUGUCAUGUUCUUCAAACUUUUUUGACUAACAAAAAUCGACCUUAAGGUUUUCGGAGUAAGAGUCAUUUUCAUCUAAGAUGUCAAUAGCCAGUUGGUUAGUACAAAACUAGGUUCGAAUUCCGGGAUAAAAAAAUAGAAUUUACGUUGCCAAGCCUCCUUGAAUCUGAAUCAAUAGCAACUGGCAGCUUAGAAAUUCUGCUAUGUGACUGCCACGAAUAAAAGCGAUAUACAAACUCCUUUUUGUUCUUUUUUUAAACAUUACUAUAUAAUCAGUAGCCGAUUACUCAAAACAAUGUACCUUUAGACCGAAUUAAACUCCAAUAUUAUUUUUAUCAGGUCAUAAAACACCCGAUAAUUAGACAAUUACAUAAUUACUUUUAAAAUAUUGUAUAAUAAACUUGUGUCUCCUAUCAGAUAGAUAUAUUAUAAAUAUUAUAACUAUGGUAAUUACGAGAUUAAACUUUGUAUAAACAAUGUAAAA